AUGGCCGUACCGGCUGCUUUGAUCCCUCCGACCCAGCUGGUCCCCCCUCCACCUCCGAUCUCAACUUCUGCCGCCUGCACCACCACUACCACCACCUCGUCGGCCACCUCGUCUCCGUCUCCUUCCAUCGCUCCCCCGCCAGCCUCUUCGGGGACGAACCUAUUCCGGCCGGAGCCCAUCGCAGCAGCAGCAGCGGCGGCCACAGUCACCUCCACCACCAGCAGCGGAGGAGGCAGCAGCAGCAGCAGCAACGGAGGAGGCGGCGGCGGUAACAAUUGCAGCCCCAGCCUGGGCACCAGCAGCAGCGCAAGCGGCGGCGGCACCUCCACCCCCAGCGCUAGCACCGCCAACAGCAGCAGCCUGCCGGGCAAGCCGGUGUACUCGACCCCGUCCCCGGUGGAGAACACCCCCCAGAAUAAUGAGUGCAAGAUGGUGGAUCUGAGGGGGGCCAAAGUGGCCUCUUUCACCGUGGAGGGCUGCGAGCUCAUCUGCCUGCCCCAGGCUUUCGACCUCUUCCUGAAGCACUUGGUCGGGGGCUUACACACCGUCUACACCAAGCUGAAGCGGCUGGAGAUCACGCCCGUGGUGUGCAACGUGGAGCAGGUCCGGAUCCUGAGGGGGCUGGGGGCCAUCCAGCCCGGCGUGAACCGCUGCAAACUCAUCUCCAGGAAGGAUUUCGAGACCCUAUACAACGACUGCACCAACGCAAGUUCUAGACCUGGAAGGCCUCCUAAGAGGACUCAAAGUGUCACCUCCCCAGAGAAUUCUCAUAUCAUGCCACACUCUGUCCCAGGUCUAAUGUCUCCUGGAAUCAUCCCGCCAACAGGUCUGACAGCAGCAGCUGCAGCAGCAGCAGCUGCUACCAAUGCAGCCAUAGCAGAAGCAAUGAAAGUGAAAAAAAUCAAAUUAGAAGCUAUGUCCAACUAUCAUGCCAGUAAUAACCAACAUGGAGCAGAGUCUGAGAAUGGAGAUCUGAAUUCAAGUGUUGGCCUGGAACUUCCUUUUAUGAUGAUGCCCCACCCAUUAAUUCCUGUCAGCCUACCUCCAGCAUCUGUCACAAUGGCCAUGAGUCAGAUGAACCACCUUAGUACCAUUGCAAAUAUGGCAGCAGCAGCACAAGUACAGAGUCCCCCAUCCAGAGUCGAGACAUCUGUUAUUAAGGAACGUGUUCCAGACAGCCCGUCUCCUGCUCCUUCCCUUGAAGAAGGUCGAAGACCUGGCAGCCAUCCAUCAUCUCAUCGAAGCAGCAGUGUGUCCAGCUCACCUGCACGGACUGAGAGCUCGUCAGACAGAAUCCCUGUACAUCAGAAUGGGCUAUCCAUGAACCAGAUGCUGAUGGGUUUAUCACCUAACGUCUUACCUGGCCCUAAAGAAGGUGAUCUGGCUGGUCAUGAGGUUGGACAUGAGACCAAAAGAAUACAUAUUGAGAAAGAUGAGACCCCGCUCUCCACACCAACCGCAAGAGACAGCCUUGACAAACUUUCUCUAACUGGGCAUGGGCAACCACUACCUCCAGGUUUUCCAUCUCCUUUUCUAUUCCCUGAUGGAUUGUCCUCCAUAGAGACCCUCCUGACUAACAUCCAGGGCCUAUUAAAGGUUGCCAUAGACAAUGCCAGAGCUCAAGAGAAACAGGUCCAGCUGGAAAAGACGGAGCUGAAGAUGGAGUUGUUCAGGGAACGAGAACUGAGGGAAACUCUUGAAAAACAGCUGGCUGUGGAACAGAAGAACAGAGCAAUAAUUCAGAAAAGGUUAAAGAAAGAAAAGAAGGCAAAGAGGAAAUUGCAGGAAGCGCUUGAAUUUGAGACUAAGCGGCGGGAACAAGCAGAACAAACAUUGAAACAGGCAACUUCAACAGACAGUCUCAGGGCCCUAAAUGACUCUCUGACCCCAGAGAUAGAAGCUGACCGCAGCGGGGGCAGAACAGAUGCUGAAAGGACAAUACAAGGUUCACUAGAUGCCUAUGCCUAA